AUGCCAAAACAGAAAUCUGACAAAAAAGCCAGGCUGAAACAAGGGAGACAGAAAAUCCCUUUUGCAAAAGGUUACAGGCCACCAUCUCAGAAGGAUCAACUUGCUGCUAUUGGAUUUGAAAAUAAUGUGUUACCUCUAGAGUAUUCAGAUGUAGAGUCAGAGGACAAAUUCUUCUUGCCAAUUCCAGAACCCAAGUCAGUUGAUGACUGGCUGGCUCAGUAUGUGGAGGAUGGUCAAAGCUUUAGGGAAUAUCUGAAAGAAAAUCCAUGGUUUUCCAAACGGAAGUCAAAGUUUAUGAAGCAGGCUUUCAGAUCAGAUGGAAACACUCUGUGUGAAAAAUAUCCUGAAGGUAAAGUUUAUAUUGCAAAGAUUGGUGACUUCAGUGAUGCCGACAUAUCAUUUGAUAGCUUGAUAGACUAUAUCCGCAGGUUUCUGUGUGUCCCUGUGCAAGUCCUGAAUGAGCUUGCUAUUGAGAAAAGAAAUAAUGACUUGAUAUUUGUGAAAAAGCCAUCUUGCAGGUCGUCUGGCCGGGCUGAGGCAAGAAUAAGGAAGAGCUGUCUGCAAACAAGGUUUAAUGCCAAAACCAAGCAUAUACAAAUAGAGGUUGACUCCAUUCUUGCACAGAUACGGAGUAUCAUUCCCGGAGAUGCUUUAUGCCUGAUUGGUUUAACCCUAUAUGAUCUUUAUGGGGAUGACAGUGAUCUCUUUGUGGCAGGCAUGGCAGCAGGGAAUAGAAGAGUGGCAGUUUUCAGUCUGAUGAGAUACAAUCCUGCGCUGACUUUCUCAUCCGAACACUGGUAUGACAUCAAGGAGAGUAAGAAAGUCAGUUCUGCAGAAAAGCAGAGGUUGAUCCUACAACGAAGCUGUAAACUUGUGGUCCAUGAAAUUUGUCACUUACUUGGAUUACCACACUGUGUAUACUUCCGUUGUUGCAUGAAUGGCUCAGGUCACCUGCAGGAAGACUUUGACCAACCAAUGAUGUUAUGUCCUGUUGACCUUCACAAACUCCAAGAGCUAAUUGGCUUCGAUGUGACUGAGAGGUACCAGAGUCUACUGGAUUUCUUCAACACUCAUGGAUUUACUGAUGAGGCUGCAUGGACAGAACGGAGAUUAAAGUUCCUUCAGGCCAAGAAAUCUUAUCAUAGUUCUAGAGUGUAA